CCAUGGAAGCUGAUGUUUUACCAUGCCACACUAAGAUGUCAUUACCUUGUGAAGUGAGAGUGCUGUUUGCUAAUGAUCUUUGAUAUUCAUAAAACCCCAAGUUCAGAAUAAGUCAUUCUUGGUAUAGCUGUUGUGACUCCUGAUUCUUGAACAGUAUGUUUGGGAAAUAUGAAAGGAAAAUGGAUGAAUAUGGCAUUCGAUGUGGUAGUGAACCCGGAUCUAAGAUAUCUCUCUCGAGCUUAUCGCUCCUAUCAGCCCCAAACCAAGCAUUUGGUUGCCAAGAACCUUUUCAAGCUUCCUCAGAAUCUCAUGCGUGGAAAGAGCCAGGAGCCUUGAGGAGGAGUUUAAGCCACAUAGGCAGAAGUUAUCGGGGAAUACAGAGAUCAGUGACUCAGUGCCUGUUUUCCAUGAGUAGAAAAACAAGUGAAAAGGAGGGAGAGGAGGUGAUGGCAGGGGUUACAUUGAGAAGCAAACGUGUGAUAAAUUCAGCACAAAGUUUGCCAGUCGAGGGCUUGAGUGAUGAUUGGAAGAAACGACUGACUGACUACCAGUUUUUAUGUGGGAAGGAAGAGGAACCGUUGAAAAGAAGAAGGUCAUUAUUCUGCAGAGAGAGCAAAAAGAAUCACAGAAGACAAUCACUCAGACAUGCAAGGAAUAAAGAUGGCUAUCAGUGUCCAACAUGUAAGAUGAUUGUUCAUAAGUCCUGCCUCAACAAGUUAACACAGAAUCAUACAUGUACUAUUGAAUAUCCAGGGAAUCAAUUUUUAGUUUCGCAGGCUGUCCCCCACAAUGCACCUCAGCCUCCAAUACCUGAUAACCUCCAGGUGCAGGAGUAUCCUUGGUGGGCAGAAAGAAUGUCAAGGAAUGAGGCUACAAUUCACUUAGGAUUGGCGGCUGAAGGAACCUUUUUGCUCCGAUGGUCAGACCACAACGAGCAGCCUGUUUUGUCACUCAAGGCCAUGGGGGAGGUGAAACACAUGCGUGUUUACAGACAGGAGGAAACGGGCUACUUUUAUCUCAGUGAAGCCAGUUAUUUCACAUCUGUGGUGGACCUCGUUCACCAUUACAGAAGUUCUCCUCUCUCAGAAAGUUUCACUGGGCUUGAUUGUUGUUUGCGUCGGCCAAUAUAUGACACAGCAAUAGUACGAUACGCAUAUGAGGGGCCUGGAGCUGGACACCUCAGGCUUGUCCAAGGGCAGAGAGUCAUAAUAAUUAGUAGAGAAGGAGAGGGCCGUGGCUGGUGGAAAGGUCGAAUUGGAGCCAGGAUGGGAUACUUUCCAAGAGAGUAUGUCACCCUGGAAACUGACCCUCUUGCUGGCUGGUAAUGCUGUAACCAACAGGCUUUACAGUGUUAUCCUGUAGUUUAAGGUUCUAGUGGAACACUGUUUUUUAUAACAUGUAUGUGUGUGUGUGUGUAUGCGUGUGUGUGUGUGUGUGUGCGUGUGUAUACAAUACAUACAUACAUACGCAUA